CGGUGCCGGGGACCAGGAGCUGCUCGGAGGCACCGAGGGUUUCCCCGCCAACCAUGAAGAACCCCGUACCACAGGCGGCCUCGCUGCUGCUGGAGAAGCUGAUGCUCCUCGUCCACAUCCGGCCAUUGCCCGCGGGCUCCGGCGGGGAAACGCCACCGCCUGCACCCGGCUACUACGACACCAGCUGCUUCAAGCGAGGAGACCUGCUGGAGGUGCCCCGCACCCUCUUCAUCCACUUCGGCAUUUACCUGGGCGAGAACCGCGUCGCCCACUUGAUGCCCGACAUCCUGCCCUCCAUCACUGGCGACCGUCGGCAGAUCCAGCAGGUGGUGACCAACAAGCGCCUUAUCCUGGGCGUCAUCGCCAGGACGGCCAGCGUCCGGGUGGACACGGUGGAGGACUUCGCCUACGGCGGCAGCAUCCUGGUCAACCACAUGGACCGGCUGUUCGUGGACCAGGUGCUGGGCAGCGAGGAGGCGGCCCGCCGGGCGGAGAAGCUGGUGGGCGCCACGGCCUACAGCCUGCUCUGGAACAACUGCGAGCACUUUGUCACCUACUGCCGAUACGGAGCCCCCGUCAGCUUCCAGACCGACAAGUUCUGUGAGACUGUGAAGAUGAUUAUUCGGGACCAGAGGAGCGUCCUCGCGUCGGUGCUUGUGGGACUAGCGUCAAUAGUCUGCCUAGGUGUGGCACCCUCCACCACACUCCCCACCAUCUUCAUUCCCUUCUUUCUGUGGAUGGCUGGCUAAGAGCCUUCCUGGAGUCUUCCAUCCAGCGUCUGUAUAUAGGAUGUAUACUACUGUAUUUAUGAAAGCACACAUUACUCACUGUUAUCAUGUAAAGUUUCUUAACUUUGUGCACCAUUUUAAAAUGCAACUUUGUCUAGAACACAGUGCACAAGGCAUAGCUUACCGUGUAAGCCAAAUAACAGAUUUCCUGAAAAUCUUGGUAUAUUUUAACACACCUUUAAAUCAUGGAAAAAGUAGGGUUGCGAUGCAGUUCUGCUCCUUAUCAUUAGCCAAAAACGAUUCUAAUAACAUCCUUCAUGUUCUUCAGUUGUUUAGCUGCAUACCUGGGUGCCAUAACUAUUAAUAAAAAUGGAUGAUGGAGUUCCACAAAGUGAUGGAAAUAGAGAACAAACUGCUUACCUCUUCCUUUUAUAGAUAUAGUGUAUAUUCAGAAAUUACUGUCUCCAUUCCUAAAAUACUCCUUGGUGGAAAUGCAAGUAAAUUGACUCUUUACUGAGAACAAGAAGAAAAACCAACCCUGAGCUGGGUGUUGCAGGAGUGCAUUUGGCCAGACCAGUUAAAGUCGUUUCCUUUUUGGGAAAUGUUCAGAAAUCUGUCAUUUGCAUUAAUUGUGUAAACACUUGCUACUUUAUUGAGCAACUUUUUAAUUGGGUUAGUGAUAAGGAAAGAUGGCAAUUCCUCAGCAGUUUCCUUGCCAGUGAUAGUGGCUAAUAUGGCUAAUAUAAAUGGCUACAGAGGGAUUUAGGAGCUAUAGGAAGAAAUUUAGUAGUGAAGUACAGAUGGUGGGACAUUUCCAGCAUUCCCGGGCACAUGGCAGGGAGGAGGAAGAGGACAGGCACCAAUUUAGUUCCGAUCUUUCCUCAGCAGUGGAACCUGUGUAGGUGCUGUAAAGUAUCAGGGAUCAUUGGAGCAGUUUCUGUG